AUGUACACUCGUUCCGGCGCUUUGAAAAGAUUCUGCCGGGGAGAGGACAACGAGGACGUAUCUGCGGGCGCGGCGCACGAUCCCUUCGCGCCGACCAUUCACAAUGCUCACUGCGAUGGCCGAUCUGUUUGGAGCGUGAUUGACUCCUGCCAAGAUCUCAAGGGCAAAUCUAGUCCGUUCGCCUUUGCAGAAAUGUCAGUAAAAGUGAUGAGAAAGACGCAUCGAAACAUUGUCCUGGCGAUCGACACUUCGGAGGGAAUGAAGAAACCUGCUCAAGGAGAGGAAAUGAGCUUCGCCCGUUUUGAAGCAGUGAACAAGGCGGCGACGCAAUUCAUUCGAUCCUUCUCGUCAGACACGCAGCUGGGCAUCUGCACCUUCAACGAAAUCGAAGUAGUGACGAUGGCCACCCUCGAGAAAGUCUUUGACAAGAUGGUGGAGCGCUUGCCAAAGCGGGAAAAAGUCGGCGGGCGGGCGAAAAUGGCGGUCGGGGUCGAACGCGCGCUGCAAUUGCUGAACGGCAGGGAUGGCGAAAUCAUUGUGAUCGUGAACGACGUCGAGGGCGGCGAGGCCAGUUUGAAUAAACUGCUGCGUGAGCUGGAGACAAAGAACGUCCUGGUGCACGUGAUCGCGCUUGGACCGGCCGGUGCCGAGCGCGGCAAGAGGAUCGCAGACGCGACUGGGGGAAAGUUUAUCUUCACGCCCGCUGCUCCUCGUCCGCCGGAGCAAAUUAUCGUUGGCUUGCAAGACGCGCUGCUGGAACAGUUCCAGGAACUGCAGGACGAAGUCGUCACAAUCCUCUCCGGCCACUUUACUCUCAGAAACGAAGAACUCAUCAUUCCUUUCAACGUCGAAAGUUCCACAGGCAACUUUGGUGCAAAUUUUCAGAAACUUUUUCAGAAAGUAGAAUCGAUGCGGAUAUUUAUGACUUGUUUGUCCGGAGAAGUGCCAACAGUUCAGAAAAUCAUCUUUCCGGACGGAACGGACGAGAUCAGCAGCGAGUACGGUUUCAAGUACAAUGCCGAGUUCAAGCGCUACUGGGACACCAACAUCUUCGAAGUGCUCAUUUCGAAGCCACUUUCCAAAACCGGCCUCUACAACAUCGUCAUUUUGCCAUACUCAGAAUCGACCGCUUCUUUUUCCGAAUGGAAGGCGCGAAAUCCGAGGAGGAUCAAGUAG